AUGCAGUUACAAGAGCGUGAAGAUUCUCCUCCACCGCCACCUCCACCUCCCCAUCGAGUCGCCCUCAAUCGCGGUCCCUCACACUCCCCUCAACCGCCUCAGCAUCAUCAAUACUAUCAGCGCUCUCACUCUCCUCAGCCACCUCAACCACCUCGAUCUCCACAGCCUCCUAUGCACCAGCAGCAGCGCCACUUGCGAUCUCCGCAGCCACCAACGCAUGCCCCGCACCCUUCACGUUCUCCCAAACCAUUGAAUAUGAACGACCGCUAUGUGAUAUUUGCACGAACUCCAUCUCCUGGAGCAGCUUCCACACACUCUGCCCACUCCGCAAUCUCGGCUCAAUCAGACGUAAAUGGGAAUACACCCUCUCCUAUGAGAGAUGCCAUGGAAGAUAUUAUGACUUCAUUGGAAGACAUGGGCAUUCCUCGCGACCCUCCGUCCCCAUCCCCUCGACAAGCCCCCUCACCUUCACCACCACCAAAUUUCAACAACCCUUGGUCUGCAGAGGACUAUGACGAAAUGAAUGACCGAACCCCGCCUGCCACUCGCAGACGGCCUCUCACAUCACUCGGCUUUGAUGGAUACAAGGAGCAACAUCGUGGAAUUCCCCAACAGCGAAACAGCGUCUACUCACAUGAUCACUACAUGGACGGACCUCCUCAAUUGAAUAAUUAUGUGCAAAGGAUGGAGAGUCGCCUGCGACAGUUAGAAGACCAGAACCGACCACCCGAGAAUGAGGGAGCUGGCCCAGAUGACGAUCAACCCCCACCACCGCCUCCAAAACAUGCAAGCUAUCAUCAUCCCCGACACAAUUCAAUUGCAGGCCAGUAUGCGCAGGCACGGUCUGGGCAAGACCAUAGGGGUGAUAUACUCAACCGAUCAUUCACCAACAAGUCGAGCGCCACUACCUCCAGUGGUGUGCAAAGCAUUGGGACCAACAUGACUAGCAGUACCGACAAGACAAGCCAAAGCUUGAUGAGCGGUGUUUCUGCUGGUGGUUUCAGCGCAACUAGUGCGGGUAGCUACGCCAGACGAAACGGCGCCCACCAGCGGCCAAACACAGCUAUGGAUACCGUCCGAUCUAGGGGCUUCAGUGAUGCUGGCGAUAGGCCAGAGACCCCCCUCACGGGAAUCUCUUACCACUCCAGCCACAACACAUCUCGCCAAGGGGCAUCGUCUGCUAUUCCUUGGUCCGCUGCCGAUAACGAUGCAGGAGAUUCCGGUGGAGUUUUCGGUGGUCUUUCGACGCCCAAGACUAAAAAGCAAGGGUUCUUCAAGAAAAUCUUCGAGUCUGCCAAGACGGGUGCUGCAAGCGCGAGAAGCAGCAUUUCGGUUGGCCAUAGCACUGGAUCCCAGUCUCCAACCAAGGGUAACAGAAUGAUUGACGUUGUGUCGCCUCUCCUCACAGCUCAUUCAUCCCGUGAUACAGCCCGGGACAUGGGUAUGAGUGCCAGUUCCAUUGACUGGGUGCAAGUUCGUCGGGAUGUCAACCGAGCGUCAUCACCAAGUCGGAACGAGAGAAUCGAAAGAGCCGAGCGGUGCCAGAUGAUGGAUCAUCCGGUCAUCUAUGCCAUCGAGGAACUGUACGACACUGCAGAAGGUGAUGAGAGUAUCGAUGGAUUACCAAUCAGUGAGCCCACGAAUUUCAACGCCGGAAACCUGAAUCUUGUGGACAAGAGUGCGCGGUUUAUUAAUAGCAUUCCGCCGCUCACAAAUCCUGUGAGCCUUGCUCAGGGUUACAUCUGCCGACCCUACAAGAGCGAUGUUCAACGUCUACGGGCCAUAUUCACCUGGGUUAGUGAGAAAAUCGCAUGGGAGGAGCCUGUUGACGGGCUCGAUGUCGACAUGAAAAGAGUGCUGCAAGCUAAGCGAGGUAGCCCUCAAGAAAUCGCUUACCUGGUGCAUGAAAUGUGUGCAGCAGUCGGUCUACAUGCUGAGACUAUCCGUGGCUUCCUCAAGAACCCUGGUGACUCCCUGGAUCUCGACAGCCUUUCUCGUCCCAAUCACUGGUGGAAUGCAGUCCUGGUUGAUGGCGAGUGGCGUAUUAUGGACUGCGCAUUGGCGAACCCUACAAACCCCCAGCGAAGCAAGUUUGUCACCAAUAAUAUGUCAAUCGCCGAAACCUGGUACUUCCUCACCCGGCCUCUCGACAUUUGCUUCACGCAUGUCCCGCUUUAUCCUGAAGAGCAGCAUAUCUGUCCUCCAGUUUCGCCAGAUGUUUUACUUGCUCUGCCAGGUGUAUGCCCCCAAUUCUUCAAGCUUGGUGUGCAGUUCCCAGACUAUGACACUAGCUUGAUGCGCGUUGAGGGCCUAGAAUGCCUCCAGAUCCGCUUGGUGGUCCCUCCCGACGUUGAAUGCGCCGCCGAGGUCGAAGCACCGGCAUUCGCUUGCGAUGCCGACGGGGACUUUUUCGAAAGCGGCGACAUUGUGCGCAAGCGCGCCCUAGUUCAACCAGACUGGUUCAACGGCCAGAAGCGGAUCACCAUCAAGGCCGUCUUGCCAGGAGACGAAGGACAGGGUGUGUUGAAGGUCUACGCUGGUAAGAAGGGCCUCAUGCACUCCAGCCGCGAUAUCCCUCAUCCAAUGGCCCUCGCUCUGCCAAUGGUGCACACGGGAGAAAACCCGCCAUACGACUUUGUCCUCCGUCAUCCCACGCCUCACGCCCAACGGCACGAUCUGUACAUCAUGCAGCCCCAAUGCUCCCGCCUAGCGGUUAACAAUACCUUUGUCUUCGCCGUGCGACAACACCCAUCUUCCCCUCAACCCCCAGCCAAGGAGGACUACGCCGUCAACGGACGAGCCUCACCAUCGGUAUUCAACCGACCGUCCAGUGCCCUGAGCAUGGUGUCUAGUACCGCCCCAUCAACGAUAUCAAGUAACUCGAACGAGUUCUCUGCAUCGACAUCUGCUAUUUCCUCAACCAGGUCUGCGUCUGGUCGCGACAAGCCGGCCAAAUUGGCUAUCCAGGCACCAUCUGGCAAAAUCUUGCGUCUUACCCGGAAGGCGGAUCAUAUGAUCAGCUCGCCAGAUCCUAAUGGCCUGUCCGUUACUGAUGCCCCCGCCGAGGGUAGUGUAUGGGAGACGGUCAUCAAGAUCGGUGAGCGGGGUACCUGGCGUGGCUUGGUCCUUGCUGACCGAGUCGCACGGUGGUGUGUGUUCUGUGAGUGGGAGUGUGUUUGA